AGCUGGAGAAGGAGGGGCAGGCCUCCGCCUCCCUCCCCUCCCACCCUCACGUCCCGGCAGAAUGGCGGCCUCCCUCAGUCUGCGGGCAGCGAGAAGGCUCGGCACACCGGCGGGUCGCGCCGCUCGCCAGGUGGUCCGACUUGUCCCGGUGCGAUGGUUGAACCUUCAGGAAUACCAGAGCAAAAAAAUCAUGGCGGAUCAUGGUGUCACGGUGCAGCGGUUCUUCGUUGCCGAUAACUCACAAGAUGCUCUCGAGGCCGCGAAGAGACUGAAGGCAAAAGAAAUUGUUUUAAAGGCUCAAAUCCUGGCCGGUGGCAGAGGAAAGGGCAGCUUCACCAGUGGCCUGAAGGGAGGAGUUCAUUUAACAAAAAACCCUGAGGAUGUUGGCCAACUGGCUGAACAAAUGCUUGGGUAUCACCUCAUCACCAAGCAAACCACCAAGGAAGGGGUCAAAGUUAGAAAGGUUAUGGUGGCAGAAGCCUUGGACAUUGCCAGAGAGACAUAUUUGGCCAUACUGAUGGACAGAGCCUACAACGGACCCAUCAUGGUUGGAAGUCCCCAGGGGGGAAUGGACAUUGAAGAAGUGGCAGCCACCAAACCGGAGUUGAUAUUUAAGGAGCCCAUUGAUAUCUUUGAAGGGAUUAGACAAGAUCAAGCAUUCCGAAUGGCAGCCAAUAUAGGAUUCAAAGGACCACAGCAGCAAAAGGCUGCGGAACAGAUUCAGAAACUAUACUCCCUGUUUUUGAAAGUUGACGCCACACAGCUGGAAGUGAAUCCAUUUGGCGAAACCCCAGAUGGCCAAGUUGUGUGCUUCGAUGCCAAGAUCAACUUCGAUGACAACGCAGAAUUCAGGCAAAAAGAAAUAUUUUCUCAGGAUGAUGUGUCUGAAACCGAUCCGUUAGAGAGUGAAGCAGCAAAGCAUGACCUCAAGUAUAUUGGCAUGGAUGGAAAUAUUGCAUGCUUUGUUAAUGGAGCCGGUCUUGCCAUGGCCACAUGUGAUAUCAUCGAUCUUCACGGAGGGAAACCAGCAAACUUCCUUGAUCUCGGCGGUGGUGUACAAGAGAACCAAGUGUACCAAGCGUUUAAGCUGCUCACUGCAGAUCCGAAGGUUGAAGUAAUCCUUGUAAACAUCUUUGGGGGAAUAGUUAACUGUGCAAUCAUAGCAAAUGGCAUAUUAAAGGCCAGUCGGGAACUUAAACUGGAAGUGCCACUUGUUGUUCGACUUGAGGGAACCAAUGCUACUGAAGCCAAGCGUAUCCUGAGGGACAGUGGGCUGCCAAUUGCCUCUGCCAGCGACCUGGAAGACGCUGCCAGGAUAGCAGUCGCCAGUGUGCCUGCAAAAUAGAUUAAUCAAGGAAGUUUUCAAGCAACAUAUAUAUAUAUAUACAUAUUUUUCCCUUUCAUCGUACUACUCAAUUCUGGAUUGCCACUAAUGAUGGGACAAUAAUUUUACAUGAUUAUAUUUCACCCGGUGACGUGUGAAAUGUGAAGAAACAUCAAUAUAUUUAGACAACGUGCCUUGCGUUUACAGAAAACAAAUUGUGCAGUUGCAAUUGUAAAUUAUUUUACAAAUGUAUUUAAUUA